AGGACGGCGAGGAGGCGGCGCCCGCGGAGCCGGCGAAUCCCGGGGAACCCGCCGGGGGAGGCUCCCGAGCGGCCCCGAGCCAAGGGGACACAGGUAGAAGGUCAACUCUGUUUACUUGUUUCCUGUUUUCCAACUAUUUGAGAAAAUACUGCAGAAGUUCUCCUUUGCUUGUAAAUACUGCAGGCUAUAGUCCCUAAAAAUUAAGGGCAUCUACAGGACAAUUACCAGCAUGCUGUCUUGAACCAGCCAUUGCACAUUGACCGGCAAUACUCCCUGAUGACAUCUUCAUUAGAGGAUAUUAAAACCAAUUGUGCAAGAGUCUAAGGUAUAUUAAAUUGCAGGACUAAAGGAAUCUUCAGAACUCCCGUCGGUGAAGGAUGCUGCCCAAACCCGGGAUCUAUUACCUCCCCUGGGAGGUAGGUGCUGGCCAUGUUCCUGACGGCGGCACCCUUCGAACGUUCGGCAGGUUGUGCCUGUAUGACAUGACACAGUCACGUGUGACUCUGAGGGCUCAGCACGGGUCCGAUCAGCACCAGGUGCUUGUGUGUACCAGGCUGGUAGAGCCAUUCCAGGCCCAGGUGGGCUCCCUGUACAUGGUCCUUGGGGAGCUGGAGCACCAGAAGGAUGGUGGCUUCUUGGUGAAGGCCCGGGUGCUGACCUGUGUGGAAGGAAUGAAUCUGCCCUUGUUAGAAAAAGCCAUCCAGGAGCAGAGACUGUAUCUGCAAGAGAGGGACAACAGCCAAUAAGAAAGCUCAGGUGGAAGGCGGAGCGGUUGCCAACAUGCAGGCAGCCGACACAGGCACUGGAGACGCAGCCCCUGGCACCGACAGCCAACGUAACCAGAAUAGCUGCUGCUGUCCUGGCAAUCCUGGUUUAGUACAGGUUACAACCGGUGGAGGGCACCCUAUUGCACGUGUAUUACAAGACCAGGAUUCAGACAAGAGACACUACGUCCUGCGCUGAAAGGCCUGGAGUCCAACCACCCAUGUU